AUGAUGGGCGCCUCCGACUUGGGCCGUAAGAAGAGUCUGAUUCGCCCCGAACGUACAAAGGUCGACCGAGAUCACCCGCAAUAUCACUACCGCAAGCACGCCCAGAACAUGGCCGUAAUGCCCUCAACUACUGGUAACGACCCAAUGCUGGAAGAGGCCGAGGCCGAAGCUGAGGCUGCCACUCUCAGCUCAGAUGACAUUGAGCUGAAGCAGCUUGGUCAAAAAGGCCAGCCCAUCGACAGAAGUGGAAGUCGCAAGUUGCAUCGCAAGGCCACCGAGACUGCAGAAGAGAAGAAGAUGAGACAAAAGGCGGCCGGCGCGACACCACCCACACUCUGGAGCACAUACUGUCAUUUGAUCACCUUCUGGUGUCCGAAUCCUGUUCUCAAGUGUUUUGGUAUGCCCGAAAAGGCUCAACAGCAGGCCUGGAGAGAGAAGAUGGGCUUGAUCAGUAUCAUCCUCAUGAUUGCUGCAUUCGUUGGUUUCAUUACCUUCGGUUUCACUGCUACAGUCUGCCCCACUGGCUCUUCUUCACGUUUCCGUGUCAAUAAGGUUGAUUCUGGCUACAUGAUCUUCCACGGCAAAGCCUAUGAUUUGACCAGAUCGCAACAUCCACAAGCUAGAGGCAUUUUGAGAAACCAAAAUGUUCUCUGGGACCUUAACGUGCCCUAUGGUGGCAAAGAUGGCAGUUUCAUGUUCCAGAAUGUCAAUGGUGCAUGCAAGGGCCUCAUCACCGCUGCAGAGAACUCCGAUGUCAAGACCGACAGUGAUGGCAACCUCGCUUGGUAUUUCCCCUGUAACGCUUUCAACCAGGACGGAUCGAGCGAACCCAACACGACCAUCCAAUACUACCUUGGAUACGCCUGCCACACUUCGAAGCUUGCGCGCACCAAUUUCUACGACCUCAAGUCUGGAGGAGAUGUCUACUUCACUUGGGACGAUAUCAGAAACUCGAGCCGCAACCUCAUGGUCUACGGUGGUGAUGUUCUCGAUCUCAAUCUCCUACAAUGGUUCAACAAGACUCAAGUCUCGUAUCCCUCCAGAUUCGAUGAGAUUCGUGAAAACGCCAACAUCAGAGGUACCGAUAUGAGUCUUGCCUGGUCCUCUGGCUUGGACAAGAAGACCGCCAAGUGCUUCCAGGAAAUCAUCAAGGUCGGAUCAAUCGAUACCGAGACUGUUGGAUGUAUUGCUUCCAAGAUUGUGCUCUACGUUGCGCUCGCCUUCAUUUUGUCGAUCGUUGUCGCCAAAUUCGUUCUUGCACUUGCCUUCCAGUGGUUCAUCUGUCGCAAGUAUGCUGCCGACAAGACUGCCUUCAGCGGUGAUGAGAAGAAAAGAAAGCAGCAGAUUGAGGAGUGGUCCGAGGACAUCUACCGUCCCGCUCCUAAGAUGGCUGAUCCGAUCAACACCAGUGCUGCUAACAAGCGAGGUAGCUUCCUCCCUACCACCUCAAGAUUUACCAGCCCUUAUGCCAUUGAACGUUCUAUGGCGCGUGCCCGUCCAGCAUACACCACAAUGGCUAGUCAGAGCUCGACAGCGCGCUUGAUCCCAGGCGCUGGUGUCUAUGGUCAAGGCAAUCGCAGCGAAAACACUUUACGGGAAAGCCGCGCAAGUCUUAUGCCUCCUAACAGCAGCGAAAGGUACUCAAGCGUCAUGGAGUCAGAUGGUCCCGGUCCUCACGGUUUUAUCCACGAAGCCGUCGUGCCACAGCCGCCUCCAGAAUGGCAGCCAUUUGGCUUCCCUCUUGCACAUGCUAUCUGUCUGGUCACUGCGUAUUCUGAAGGUCCCGAGGGAAUGCGUACCACCCUAGACUCUGUCGCUACGACCGAAUACCCCAACAGCCACAAGCUCAUCCUAGUCAUUUGCGAUGGUAUCAUCAAGGGUCACGGUGAAACCAUGACUACCCCUGAAGUCGCCUUGAACAUGAUGAAGGAGCACACCAUCCUUCCUGACGAAGUUAAGCCGUACUCUUAUGUCGCUGUUGCUAGUGGCUCCAAGCGACACAACAUGGCCAAGAUCUAUUCUGGUUUCUACGACUAUGGCGAGGAUUCCAUCAUUCCCAUCGAAAAGCAGGAACGCGUACCUAUGGUGAUCAUUGUCAAAUGUGGUACGCCGGAGGAAGCAAGUCUGUCCAAGCCUGGUAACCGUGGUAAACGUGACAGUCAGAUCAUUCUCAUGUCAUUCUUGCAAAAGGUCAUGUUCGACGAGCGCAUGACUGAGCUCGAGUAUGAGUUCUUCAAUGGUGUUUGGAAGAUUACUGGCAUUUCACCCGACUUUUACGAGAUCGUACUCAUGGUAGAUGCCGACACAAAGGUCUUCCCUGACAGUCUGACCCAUAUGAUCAGCGCCAUGGUCAAGGAUCCUGAAAUCAUGGGCUUGUGUGGUGAAACCAAGAUCGCCAACAAGAGAGCCAGUUGGGUUUCUAUGAUCCAAGUCUUUGAAUACUUCAUCUCACAUCAUAUGUCCAAAUCCUUCGAGUCCGUUUUUGGUGGUGUCACCUGUCUUCCUGGAUGUUUCUGCAUGUACAGAAUCAAGGCACCCAAGGGCGACCAAAACUAUUGGGUACCAAUCCUGGCCAAUCCCGACAUCGUGGAGCAUUAUUCCGAAAAUGUCGUCGACACAUUACACAAGAAAAACUUGCUCCUUCUCGGUGAAGAUCGUUAUCUAUCUACUCUGAUGCUUAAGACCUUCCCGAAGCGGAAGCAAGUUUUCAUUCCGCAAGCUGUCUGCAAAACUACUGUACCUGAAGAGUUCAAGGUUCUUCUUUCUCAAAGAAGAAGAUGGAUCAACAGUACAGUCCAUAACCUCAUGGAGCUUGUCCUGGUUCGCGAUCUCUGCGGUACCUUCUGCUUCAGCAUGCAGUUCGUCGUCUUCGUCGAGCUUGUCGGUACCCUUGUGCUUCCUGCUGCCAUUGCUUUCACUUUCUACGUUGUCGCUAUUGCCAUCAAGGCCGCUAUCGAGCACACGCCCAUUCCGGUCAUGUCGCUGGUACUUUUGGCACUUAUCCUUGGUCUUCCCGGUGUUCUCAUCAUCCUGACUGCUUCUCGCGUUUCUUACGUCGCAUGGAUGUUCAUCUACCUCCUCUCUCUCCCAGUGUGGAACUUCAUUCUUCCAACUUACGCGUACUGGAAGUUUGACGACUUCUCCUGGGGUGACACUCGUAAGACCGCCGGAGAACAAACCAAGGGUGGCCAUGAUGAUGCCGAGGGAGAAUUUGACAGCAGCAAAAUCACCAUGAAGAGAUGGGCUGAUUUUGAGCAUGAACGUCGCAUGAAGACUGGGAGCACCAAUUACAACUCCUCGUCAGCACAGGGAUCGUAUCCAUACGAUUCCAGUUAUGACUACUAA